GUGAAGAGAAGGACUAUUCCAUAUGGCUGGCACACUCCACAGACCCUGGGGAUUAUGAAGAUGGCUGCAUAUUGGGCUAUAAAGAACAGUACCUACGGCUACGCAAGUCAUCUGUCUGUCAGAAUGGUCGAGACUAUGUUGUGACCAAGCAGCCGUCCAUCUGUCCGUGUUCUCUGGAGGACUUCCUCUGUGAUUUUGGCUACUUCCGUCCAGAAAAUGACACAGAGUGUGUGGAACAGCCAGAGCUGAAGGGGCACGACCUAGAGUUUUGUCUGUAUGGAAGAGAAGAACACCUGACAACAAAUGGGUAUCGGAAAAUUCCAGGUGAUAGAUGCCAAGGUGGGAUGAAUCCAGCUCGAGAAGUAAAGGACUUGAAAAAGAAAUGCACAAGCAACUUUUUGAAUCCCCAAAAGCAGGACUCCCGCCCACAGGGACACAGCUUGUCCCAGAAUCCAGCUCCGCCUCCUCUUGGAUACACUGAAAACACACACUUCCUAUCUCCCACCCAGAAGCAGAAUUCCAAGUCAAAUUCUGUUCCCAUCAUCCUGGCCAUCGUGGGAUUGAUGCUGGUCACAGUCAUAGCAGGAGUGCUCAUUGUGAAGAAAUAUGUCUGUGGCGGAAGGUUCCUGGUGCACCGAUACUCUGUGCUACAACAGCAUGCAGAAGCCGAUGGGGUGGAUGCUUUGGACACAGCCUCCCAUGCUAAUAAAAGUGGUUAUCAUGAUGACUCAGAUGAGGACCUCCUGGAAUAGCUCUGUAAAGGAGCUGGGACCCAGCAUGGAUGGUGGAAAUGCAGUACCUCUUAUACCCCUGUGGCUCCAACUUGGGGAAAUAAAUUUCCCAUUGCGAGGGACCCAGCUGUGUUUCUGCUGCUUCCAUCAAAGCCAAAAGGACCUACACUAAAGAAAUGCAGGGUGGGGGUGGGGAACCCUGAACAUUUUUAACAAUUGGCUCUGAGAAGAGGGGGGAAAUUUAAAUUCUUUAACUUUUUGUUUCAAGUUCUGUCUUUUGUUAAAGAAUGGGUUUUAGGAUUUUGUUGGGCUUUCUCUCUCUCCCUCUCUGUCUCUCUCUCUCUCUCUCUAAGAGAAAUGAAAUGGAAGGGAUUAUUCACUAGCCCCACCCUUGUGUGUUCUGCGUUUUGCAUGGUGCCCACUCCAGGGCAUCUGUGACUCCAGCAUCAACUCUCAUAUCGUACCUGGUGCUGUCCCUGGGCUCUGCCAGCCAUUGUGAAAUAGCCACAGGGAGAACAGAGGCUGCAGUGACUGGCACAGCCUAGCCAGCUUUCCUCCAUCUGGGGACAGCCCUGCUCCAAAAACACUGCACACCAGCUCCUCACAGAUCCCAACACUGCUCUCUCCCCCUUCCCCCAGGGACUAUAAAACCACAGUGAUUUUUCUUUUCUCCUAUUUAAUUAGGCAAUACCCUUGUUAAUUGCCCUUUGGCAACUAACUUAACCAUGUGCUUCCAAGACACUAAAUCAGGAAAACUUACAGAGCAAUAUUUUUAACUUGGGGCAGAAAGAAGGGAGCAACAGAGAAUUGACUAGAUUUAUCACCUAUUAAAGGCGAAACUCUGGCUGCUUCUGAGAUCUUUUAAUAUGUGCUUCUGUGUGCCAGUGGAGUUGCUCAAGGACGGGGUGCAGGCCUGGCCUGGAAGUCUGCCCAGGCUCAGCCAUCUCUUUCCUGGAGUUGACCAUCGAAUGCACAGUGCAGCCCCAAGGACUGACCGCCACAGUCUUCCAUGUUCCCUUUUCACCUGCUAUGUUGGCUGGUUGUUGAACCAUUACAAUGGCUGCUUAUUUGCUCCUCCUAGAUUGCUGUUAUCCAUGGAGCCAGGACUAGUGAUGUUUUGGGAUUUAGACUUUAAUUUUUAAACAUCAGAAUUUUAUUAUAGGGCCGUCCUUCUUACCUCUUUCCCAGAGGAAAAGAACAUUUUCCACAUUUCAUGUGGGCAUGAAAUGUUUCAAUGAACCAAUUAAAAACCCACUUCCAGUGAGGUGAUGCUUAGUGUGAUACAUUAGGUUAA